AUGUCUACUAAUAAUUUAUUUUUUAUUUUUAUUUUUUCAAUAUCCACUUUCUCUGUUAAUGCUUUACCUCAUUAUAAUCAAAAUAAUCAAAACCAAUUACUCCAACAAAAUAAUAAUUUUCAAAAUUUACAAAGAAAUAGUGCAAGUAUUUCUUCAAUUUCUGCCUGUUUAUUUUGUUCUCUUUGUGGUUUACCAGAAAAUCCUUCAUCUUGGAUUAAACCAACAACUACAUUAAUAAAUAAAAAUAAAUGUGAAGACAAAAGUAAUAAAUGUAGUGAAUUUGUUAAACUUUGUGAUGAUGGAAUAUAUAAAUAUUUUCUUCGUUCACAUUGUUCCUAUACUUGUGGAAUAUGCAAUAAUACAACAACAAAAACAUUAAAAGAAACAAAUACAAAAACAAUUCCAAUAACAACAACAACAUCAAAACCAACAAAACAUUUACUAAAAACAUCAACAACCCCCAAAACAAUAAAAACAUUCAAAACAACAUCAAAACUUAAAAGUCAAGAAAUUAAUGAACAGAAAACAAUCAAAAAUACAAAAACAACAAAUUCAAUAGAAAAUAAAAAAGAAAUAAUUAAAACAACAAAAACAACAUUAUCUAGUACAAUUAAAGGAAUUACUAAUCAAGUUUCUAUUGAAGAAGAGGAACCUUUAGAAGAAUGUGAAGAUAUUGGCCAAAAUUGCAAAGCAAUGGAAUCUGGCUGUCAAGAUAUAGGGCAACGAAAUAUUCUUGGGACUUUUUGUCGAAAAACAUGCAAAUUUUCUGCAAUUGGAGUAAGUCCAAAUCCUUGUCAAUCUCCUCUUCUACAAAGACCGGGUUUAACUUUAACAGAAGAAUUAAUGGAUGGACAAAAAGUUUGUUGUGGAUUUGAUAAAAAAAUAAAUGGUUAUUUGCCUGAUGGAAAAAAAGAAGAUUCUAGUCUUCGAAAAAGGCCAAAAGGGAGUAAAUUAAUUUGUAAAAAUGCAAUAACAAUUCCAAUUUCAAAUGGAAAUAUUGUCCCAAAAUGCCCACCAAAACUUUUUUAUGAUUCAAAUAAAGAUAAAUGUUGUAGAUAUCAAAAAAAUAAAAAUAAAUUAAGAAAAGAUUAUUCAAAAUGUAAAGAUUUAUCAGCCCCAGGAAAACCUUCAGAUUGUCCAGCAAAUAAACAUAGAUGUAAUGAAACUAUUUGGUAUAAAUUAAUGACUAAACAAUGCCCUAAAACUUGUGACAGAUGUGAAGAAUAUAUUAAAUUGAAUAUAUCUCGAGAUGUUGGAGGUAAAGGAAAGAAAAGAUUUUUUGGGGGAAAAUUAUUUUUUAAAGUUUGUCGAGACGGAAUUGGCCCAAAUGGAGUAAGUGAAUGCCCACAAAAUAAACAUCGUUGUGAAGAUAAAAUUUGGAAAGAUUUUAUGAAAAAAGAAUGUCGUGAAACAUGUGGAUAUUGUGGAAAAAGUUUAAAAAAGAAAGGAAAAAAAAGAAGAAGGAAAAGUAAUAAAAACACAACAACUACUACAACAAUAAUUACAACAACAACAUAA